GCUGCGCCGAAGACCUGCGGGAGCUCUCGGCUCGGCCGAACCGGGCGAGGAUUUUCCCGAAAGUCCGGCCGAGGCUGCGUAGACGCCGCACUCCAUCAACCCUGGCUCGCACCUGGGCCCCGCGCGAACGUCCUUGAGGCGGGGACGCCAGUGUUCAGGGCACAAGAAAUAAGCACGUGUCUUAGGACCGACCGCACUCAAGAUUCGAUGAGCUACGGUACCUCCUACGGGAGAUGGUGGGCCCCGCCCACCCGAACCCAGACCCGCCCCCUCAUUCCACGCUGGCUCGGAGCCGCCUUGGGCUCCCGGCCCCGCCCCCUGGGGGCUCCGCCCCCUGGGGGCUCCUCCCCCACCCCGCGCAGGCGCGGAGCCUAUUAGCCCGCUCCUCGUGCCCUCGAGACGCGCGGACGCUGCGAUGGCGGAUUCCGAGCUGCGGCUGGUGGCGCAGCGCAUCCGCAGCUUCCCCGACUUCCCCGUCCCCGGCGUGCUGUUCAGGGACAUCUCACCCGUCCUGAAGGACCCCGACUCCUUCCGCGCCUCCAUCAGCCUCCUGGCUAAUCACCUGAAAAAGGUCCACGGCGGCAGGAUCGACUACAUCGCGGGCCUAGACUCCCGUGGCUUCCUGUUUGGUCCCUCCCUGGCCCAGGAGCUGGGCUUGGGCUGCAUCCUCAUCCGGAAGCGAGGGAAGCUGCCAGGCCCCACUGUGUGUGCCUCAUACGCACUGGAAUACGGGAAGGCUGAGCUGGAGAUCCAGAGAGACGCCCUGGAGCCAGGGCAGAAGGUGGUGGUUGUGGAUGAUCUGCUUGCCACUGGCGUACGAGUGACCCCGGCCCCACCCCCGCACCAACUGGAAGAGAAGAGGAUCAGCCUGAGCGGCUGCAGCGACCCCCGCUGGCCACCAGGGGGACCAGAAGCCCGGGUGGGGGUGGGGUGGGUACUUCUGCGUCUGUGGCUGAGUGAUUUUCUCCUGAGCGGGGCUGCUGCCUGGGGGGCCUGCUGGGGCUUCUGCAAACCCCAAGGCCUGGAGCUGCAGGCUCGUUGACAGUGGAAUGAGAGAAUAAACGACUUUCUAG